CAUGUCCACGAGAAUGAUAAAAAAUUUAUGGGAGCGGUUAAAAGUUACGGGUUGGAUAUAGAGUUGUUGUGUCAACCUCCAAACAGCCCCGAUUUGAAUGUUUUAGACCUUGGGUUCUUUAGCGCUAUAUCUGCACUUCAUCAUACUGAUGCUCCAACCACAGUAGAUGAGUUUAUCGCAAGUGUUACGAGAGCGUUUGAAAAUUUCUCGGUUGAAGACGCAAAUAAUGUUUUCAUAACAUUACAAUCUUGCAUGAAGGAGAUUCUUAGAAUCAAGGGUGGAAUUCACUACAAGAUUCCUCAUAUGCAUAAAUGGCGUUUAAUUAGAGAUGGCCAACUCCCUAAUGUACUUGACUGUGAUCCUCAAGUAUUGAAUGAGGCCUGGGAAUUUAUGAAGGAGUAUGAAAUUACGCAAGAAAGUUCUUCAGUUUUAGACCCUAUGAAAGCAAAUCAAAUGAAGGCGAAUACGAAAAGAAAAAGAACGGGCCAGCUUGCUAUGGAUUUUAAACAAACUAUCAUCGGCAACGAUCUUUACCAGAGCUGGAUUGAUGAUGCCUCUGACCUUGUCGGAAGAAAAAAGAGAGCCAAAUCGAUCAAUAAAAUGAAGAUAGCACAGCUCAUGGACCUCCCUCCAGUAGCGAUUGUAUGUGGGUUGGCAGGAAAGCAUUGUACAGGGAUCUAUUAUCCGAAGCCAUUGCUUGAUCUAUACAGGGAUCUAUUACCCAAACCACCUGAACCAGUCGUUCCGCUUAUCCCAAUUGAAGAAAACAAUGGCUUUGGUGCUCAAUGGUUAAGGCCAUUACUGGAAGCAAACUAUUUCAUUCCUUGUAGAGACCAUGGGGAAGAAAUGUCUAAAAGUGAAUCCAAAUAUUUCUGCUUGGAUUGUAUGGGUAAAUCCAUUUGUUCUUACUGUCUGAUUCAUCAUAGAGAACAUCGCAUUGUUCAAAUAAGGAGGUCUAACUACCACAACGUUAUAAGGGUUAAUGAAGUUCAGAAGCACGUAGACAUUUCUGGUGUUCAACAUUAUGUAAUUAACAAUGCUGAAAUCGUUUUUCUCAACGAACGCCCUCAAUUAAGACAUGGUAAAAGAGUUACAAAUACAUGUGAAAUUUGUGGCAGGACCUUGCUUGGUUCAUUCAGAUUUUGUUCUUUGAGUUGCAAGGCGAAGAAGAUGAUGCACGUUGUCGAGAAAGCUAUGGAAUCUGUGGAAAAGCUUUCCAAAGCUAUGAUGUAGGCUGUCGAGUAGAUCACAGAGUUGUGUAGACGGCCAAAUGUUGGAAUUCUCAUCAGUACCUCUCUGGCCAGCAUAGUCAGAUUUAGUAAUUGGAGUAUUAUAGCCCCAGAUUCUGGUUUCUUUUUUUUUGGGUGGUACCACCAUUGUUCUCCUGGCUUGGAGUUAUGUGUUUUUUCCCAUUUUGGUUGAUUAAAAACUUGCCUAGGCUAGUCAGGGUCAGUAAUUUAAUGAUUGUGUUUUCUCCCAAGUUACAAUACUGGCCAGUAUUGAAUGUACUCUAUGAUCAUUUCCUCCAUGAUCACUCCAUUGAGUAGAUUGAGUAUGAGAAAUCCAUACUGUGGAAUUACAAUUACAGUAACAAUUACAGUAACUCCAUACUUCCCAUCUCUUUAAAUUACAAUUACAGUAACAAACUCAACUCCAUUCUCCAUAUUCUUUAAUGAGAACUUUCCAUAAGUUUUCAAUCGGAAAAGAAACUUCACUCAUUUUCUCCAUCCACAGUGGAUUACUACUCCACAACCACAACCACCAUCACAAUUGAGUAACCAACGCUUUUAACCCUUUCACCGA